UAUGGCUCUCUCUCUCUCUCUCUGACUGACUGAGUUGGAAAGAAACAUGAUGUGCGAUGCGGCCGCGACUUGCCGCCACCGCCGCACUGGCACUGCUCUGCUCUGCUCUCCACUGCCGAGCCUCCCUCCAUGUGCAGCAGCAGCAGCAGCAGCAGCCCGAGCACCACAUCGCGCGCGGGGGCGGCGACCUCAGGCACGCCCGCCACCUGUUCGACCGAAUCCCCGACCCGGACCUCCCUCAUCCUAAGCUCAUUCAUUCAUUCCUUGUUCAUAGAUAUCCUAAGCUCAUUCAUUCAUUCCUUGUUCAUAGAUAUCCUAAGCUCAUUUUCUGUGUAUUGGCAAUUUGUUGUUGAGAGCUCGUCUCGACUGUUGUUGUUUAUGCCUAGCCAGUGCUACUUCAGAGAUAUCUUUGCUCCAUCGUUAGUUAUUAUGAUGAUCCAAACUGAAACUGUGAACCAUGCUGGUGUAUCGCAGAUGCUGCUGUAUGACUAUGACUACUCUACUGUACGUGACCAUCUUUCAGGUUACAACUUCAAUUAUGUACUCCCUCCGCUCCUAAAUGCAGGCAUGGGUAGGGUGUUUUUCAUGUGCAAAUAUAAUCCUGCUGUGCACUUGCGUGUCCUGGAGACUAGAAAGGCUAGCAAUCAGCACAUGAAGGAGACCAUGGAUCGGAUUUCAGCAACUUGAUCAGCCCAAACUAUGAAUAUAUACAAGGCGUCCAUUUGAUUUGAGACGCAACAAACAGGAAGAAGCUAGUAGAAAAUCUGAUCAUCAUCAUGUAUAAAAUGCUUGAGGUUUUAUUUGUCGGGGACCGGAUAACCAGCUGGGGGCAUAAUUUUUUCUGUCUUGGACCUCUACCGGUCAAGGGUGUUCCUCUAGUAGAUUCCAUUCCAUGGUCCUGGCUGAGUCUGAGCCUGAGCCUGAGCAUCACUUCUCUUUCUUGUUUGAAUCCUUUUGGUGACAAGCUUUCUCAUAUUACAUAUUCUAAAGAUGCCGUCAUGGCUUUCAUUUCAUUUUAUUGAAGCAAUGUGCUGCUGAUCCAUCAUCAUCUCAUCUUCUUUUCCCUUCAUUUCCUGCAGGUGCUCUCUCCUUUUGGUGCCUGUGAGUUCAUAAAGGAAGUUGGUCUAGUGGGCUGUGGAAUCACUCACCCAGUAAGCAAGCCCGUCUAGCUCAGUUGGUAGAGCGCAAGGCUCUUAACCUUGUGGUCGUGGUGGGCGGCACAGCAGGUGGUAUUGUACUCGUACUCGUAUCUGAAGCAAAAACACCUGCAAACCUCAGUGGCUGCUGCAUCUGGACCCGGGAGCUGCUGCUGGCACCUUCUUCUUCAUGGUCGUCGCCGUCUCCAGGUCGGCGGCUGUCGCGGCGACACACCAUCCUGUGGUGCACAAUGUCGUAGGCGUCGGCGGUUCUGACCUCCUGGGCGAGGGCGCAGGGGCAGCAGCA